UCGUUGUCUCCGCCGUGAUUUCACCUUCUCUCGUAUCCAGAUCUUCGUUCCUCCUCUUCACCACAACCCACUCACUCAUCAUGGAUCCCGUUAGUGCAAUCGGUCUUGCAGCGAGCCUCAUUCAGAUCAUCAAAGCUGGUACCCAAGCGUACAAUACGAUCAAGGAGAUAAACAGAAGUCAAACCGGCAUGACUGAUGCAACAUAUCAUUCGAAAGAAUUAGCUAGAGCUAUGGAGGAUGUGUCCUUGAAGCUCGAGAGAUGUAACAGCAAUUCAAUGAAUGAUAGCGAGCAAACUCUGUGCGCUUUGGCGGUGAAGUGCCGUCAGCUUUCUGAAGAUAUCAUACGCCUGUCCGAGAGGUUGACCAAUAAAUCGAGAUCUUGGGAUCUAUUAUUCUGGAUGGUGCAGUACGACAAGUAUGAGAAAGAGAAGCUGAUGCUGGAAAGCAAACUCGUUGCGUACCGCGACCAGCUUGGGAUACAUAUGACCUAUCUCUUCAAUCAGAAGACCCAAGAAAAGCUCAAUAGUCUUGGUAAAAAUGCCUCCUCACAGCUUCAUUUGUUGCAAGACUUGCAGAACGAUCUCAAUAUCAUCUCCCAAAAUUCCAUUGUCGCUUCUCUUAGCAGCGAUGCUUUGGAGCAGAUUGGGAGAUUAUCGGAAAUUCCCGAAAAAGCGAUUGAAGCUAUUGCAAGAAGUCAUAUUGAAUGCAGGCUUUCCAUAAAGGAUACAGAAGCAAGAUUCGAUAAUGUUGAGACAGCGCAUGCCGAAACUUUUCGAUGGAUAUUGGAAGAAGAUCAGCAAUGCAAUGACCCUGCUCUUCUCGCUGUGCGUGAGCACCUAGUCGGCUGGCUGUCCAAUGGAUCCGGAUAUUUCCAUAUUUUGGGCAAGCCUGGGUCUGGGAAGUCAACAUUGAUGAAAUUUCUGAUUAGGAGCACGGUGACUAGGGUGAAGCUCCUAGAAUGGGCUGGAGAACACCACCUGAUCAUGGCCUACUUCUUCUUUUGGAAGCCUGGAGAUCCUCACCAAAAAUUACUUCGCGGAUUGAUGACAUCUAUACUGCUUGCAGCUGUACAAAAUUACCCGGGGCUUACUGAAACUCUUUUCCCAACUCAGUGGAAAUCGGAAGUGGAUCAUAUUCUUACCGUUGGUCAUUCACAUAUCCGAACCAAACACAGGUUCAGAGAAGACGAAAUCAAUGAUGCUUUUAAGAAACUUCUUGAAGAUCCACAAGUUGGCCAAUCCCAUCGUCUUUGUUUCUUCCUCGAUGGUUUGGACGAGCAUGAAGAGGAGUCUAUAAAUCAGGAUCACUUCUACCUAGUCAAUGAGCUCAAGCAAUUCAUUUCACUUGGCAAUGGAAGACUCAAAAUGUGUUUAUCGAGUCGAGAAGAAAAUGCCUUUGAAUUCAACACCCGUCAUCAAAUACGACUACAAGAUUUAACGAGAAAAGAUAUGGAGCGGUUUGUCCGGGCUCGACUGAAUGAGUUCAAAAGCAACACAGAAGUAAAUUUCUUGGCUUCCGAAGUCACUGCACGUGCUGAAGGUGUCUUCCUGUGGACCUCAUUAGUCGUGGUGCGGCUAUGCGAAUGUUUGGCUGCCGACUCAGGGUCAAAUAAGCUAAUGGAAGAGCUCAAGUCGUUACCAACCCGGCUUAAAGACUUAUACAAAAGUCUUCUGAAUUCGAUAAGCCCGUCUACGCAGCAGUUGACCUAUCUAGUCUUUUCUUUAAUAUUACAGUUGGCUGAGUACAGGACUACAUUACCACCACUACUAUGUCUCUUUCUAGAGGACUACAACGAAGACCCGGAAUUCAUCAGGAACCACCCGAAAUUUUCCGACCGUUGCCGCUCAAAAGAUGAGGGGAAAUAUCAAUCCUAUGACAAUCAUUUCAUAGCUUCUCAAAAGCUCAUAAGAAGUUACUGCAUGGGGUUGGUCGAAAUUCGAGGAAAAUCCCUUGAUACCUCUCAGCAUCACGAUCAUGUUGUCUUCACACAUCGAAGCAUUCUGGAGUUCCUCCAGAUCGAAAAUUCCAAGGAGAUGAACGCUCACAAUCAUGAUUUCAAAUUAGCCCAUGCUUAUCCACGGCUUCUUUAUGCGACUUUGAGUAUAUGUGGCUUCUCUGAAUCCAUGGACUGGUUUUCACAUCCAGUUACUUUAUCUGCAGUGAUACAUGAGUCGCGAAGUACUACCGAUCAUGAUAUCGUUGCGAAAUUAGAAGCAAAGCUGAUGCCACACUAUGAUUAUAUCUUCCUUUUUCGUGAUCGACGCUUGUCCCUGGAUAGCUCGGUAUGGUGGACUAUCUGUGAAAUCUUGGGUUGGGGCGAAAAUGUGACGCCUACUGUCCGUGUUCUCACACCUUCACCGCUCCUUGUCAUGGCCGGCGGAGGAGAAGGUCAUUACCUUAGGCACUACAUGGAUAAUCAUGAGUAUUCUCAAGUUCAUCGAUCCAUCCGCGGCCAUUUACCAUUAUGCCUCUUACAGGGUAUUGUGAGGGCUUCUCUCGAAGACUGUAACGUCUUCCUCGAGUGCUUAAGCCACUCUCUCAAUCUGGCUCCCCUUGACAUACCUCCGAGAAAUUGGGAAUUUGGAAUCGGCGCCAUUCUAAGUGGAUAUAUGAAGAUAAUCAACGAAAAACACGCAGCCACCAUCGGACGAGCAAUCGAGCAUUUGACCAAGAAUCUGAGCGUGGAAUACUUUUUGUUCGAUUGCCAGCUGUAUUUGAACAAUAUAUUCUUUGAUUGGGCCGGGGACUUUUGGCCUGAGAAACCUCAUUUAGAAUGGCAAGGGCCGCAAGGCGUGGAGCGAUACUUUCAGGGGCGCAACAGCAUCCACUUUUGGGAUAUUAUUCAGACUUGGAUCGAAGACUGGGAACUACCCAACGAAAAAGAACUUAUAGCUUGCGCCGCAUCUCAUGCGCAACAACUUCAGGCUUUGAAAGGACAAAAUCGUGAGUUCUGUCCUUGCUUAACCAGAAAACUCAAAGAAGAAUCAGAUGGCUUCGACGACGGCAGCUCUCAAUUGCCACUUCUACUCACCUCACCGGGUCUUCUUGCACCAUCGAGCCGACUCAAGGUCACAAACUUGGAUGACGCCACAGUAAAAGAGCAUGCAACAGAAGACUCCGGCUUGGAGCAGGAUCCUACCGAAAUCCCGGACAAGAGUAUUUCCCCUUCGAUGCCACAAAAAACUCAGUGGACUCGGAUGAACUGGCUUAUGAUGGGUUUUGCGCUUCUUGCUGCAAUCUUGCUAGCAUGGAUGAGAUGA